AUGUCGGAUUUGACAUCGCUUAGAGAACGUAUCGAUUCACUUGACACCACGUUGGUCGAUUUACUGAAUGAGCGUGCCCAGGUGUCCUUAAACAUUGGCGCCGCAAAGCGCAAAGCUACUUCUCCCUCUGCAGCCGACGAAUCGUCAACACCUGAAAAGGACUCAAAAGAGCUUCACGUAUAUAUGCCCGGACGCGAAAAAGAAGUAUACGCAAAGCUCGAAAGACUAAAUCAAGGACCUUUAAACCAUUCAUCGCUCCACGCUAUUUUCCGUGAGAUCAUGUCAGCUUCAAUCGCAUUGCAAAAGGACGUAUCGAUUGCAUAUCUCGGCCCACCCGGCACAUUCUCGCAUCAAGCCGCAUAUGAACGUUUGGGCGAUAGCGUAGCAUAUGUUCCAGUAAAACAGAUCUCUGCUGUCUUCGAAGCAGUCGAGAAAAAGACCACAACUUAUGGCUUGGUACCUUUCGAAAACUCCACGUUCGGUACCGUUGUUGAGACUCUGGACAACUUUGUAAAGACGAGCGUACGUGUCCGCGCUGAAACGUAUCUUCCUGUUCAUCAAUGCUUGUUGUCAAAUAGCAAGUUGGAAAAGAUCUCCAAAGUAUAUAGUCAUCCUCAGGGAUUGGGUCAAACGCAACGAUGGCUGUCGACAAAUCUCCCGCACGCCAAACUUAUUCCCGUCAAGUCUACUGCAGAGGCUGCCGAACAAGCUGCUGCCGAACCAGGUGCCGCUGCUGUAUGCAGUGAGCUGUGUUCCAGUCUAUAUGGCGUGGAAAUUGUUGCCAAAGAUAUUGAGGACACUGCAGGCAACACGACCCGUUUCUUGAUCAUUGGCACGUCGUCUGACAACGCCACAGCGGAUGAUCAUACACUGAUCCAUUUUACCGUCGACCAUCGCCAGCCAGGUGCACUAGCUGAUGGACUAAAGGUGUUCAAGGACUAUGAUCUCAACUUGUUCAAGAUUGACUCGCGCCCUAGCGGCCUACGCCCAUGGCACUAUGUGUUUGUGGUAGAAUGCUCAGGCCAUUUCAAAAACGAGCCGGUACAAAAGGCCGUCAAGGACUUGGAGCAGUAUUGCUUGGACGUCGUGGUUCUGGGCAGCUUCCCCAAUCAACGUCCUCAAUCUGACUAA